AACGAACCAUCUUUUCUGGGGAUCUUUUUGAAGACUCCUUUCUCCCCAUCACUCGCUCUACAUCAUGGCUAUUCUUUGCAGAAGCGUAUCUGAAUAGAUGAACGAUCAUGAUCCUGCCUCGGGUGGGAGAAGCUAAACGACCGCAUGUCCAGUACUAUAUUUGAGCCCUGCUAAUGUUAUGAGCCUGGGUAGGAUCUAGGGAUACUAUCGAGAACUUGAGACCUCCUCAUGUCGCUGCUCCACUGUCCUCUCCUACCGCACCCUGUGACAGCAUCGAUAUUACGAGUGUUCGCGUCCGAAAGCGGCUGCUUUGCGAGGGACUUUCCCAUUCUAAACCGCUCCUCAACAUAUCGCAUGUUCAGUCGUGAACUCAAUAUGCGCUUCCUGUUUCCACACGCCACGGCCUCAUUUGAUGGUGCCCUCGCCAGCACCGAACAGGUCACGCGCUCGGCGGUUCCCACACCUGCUGUAAUCGGGACGAAGUUGAAAUACAAAGAGGUUGCAAAGCGGAACAGCGAUCUUUGGCGCACAAAAGCUGGAUGGGUCUGAUGUGAUACACGCUUACCAUCUCCCUGUGGAGUGUUAAAAGAUCACCGUAGGUUAUCUGGCCCUGAUUACUCCAGCCCCGUCAGUCGGGCCGUGGUAAAGGACACGACCAGCUGAAAGCACAACGCAAGAAUCGGCAUUUUCCACUGCUGUUGCCCGAUGAGCGAUGGUGAUGAUUGUACUUUCCUGCAACUCCUCCCUCAAUACACGCUGUAUUUCAGCAGAUGUGUCCAAGUCGAUACUGGCUGUGGCUUCGUCCAUGAUGACGAUUGCGCUUCUCCGCAGUAUUGCUCGAGCAAGACCAACCAAUUGUCGCUGCCCCUGACUCAGAUUUCUUCCUCCAGUGUCGAUCUGCGUCUCAAGAGUCCAUCCAUACUUUCCGCAAACUCUUGAUAGCACGGAUUGACAGGCAAAUUUGGAGUGUUCCUCCAAUGGAUCGAGGUUGUGACGCAAAGAUCCAGGGAAGAGGAUAGGCUCUUGUGCCAGGAAGGUUAUUCUGCUUCUCAACGGCUGUUUAUCAACUUUGGCGACGUCGACGCCAUCAAUCAAGAUACGACCGCCCUCUGGAGUGAUGGUUGCUAGCAACGCCAUGGCCAGAGUUGACUUUCCGGACCCUGUUCUACCCGUGAUGGCAGUGGUUGAUCCCCCCUUGAACCGAAGCGAAACAUUUGUCAAUGCCGGUUCCAGAUGAGGCUGAUAUCGAAUGGUGACAUCCUCAAAGACGAUAUCGCUCCCAUAUGUAGGCCAUGCAGCGGGCGGUUGAACCGAACUCGGGGCUUCUUGUUCGAUAUGGACCAAUUCAACCACCCGUUCAACAGACACAAAGUUGAGUUGAAGUUGCCCGUAUGAUUUGCAAAUGGCAUGGGUGGACUGGACAAACUUAUUAGCUGAGAUCAAGACAAACGCGGUCAAGCCGGCCGAGAGGUUGGAGAAAAUUGCAAGCAUAGUCAAGAGAAACGUGGAGACUGCCGACAGGGUGUCGAAUCGGUACAUAAGCCAGGCCUGCAAACUCCAAUAAAAAUGGUCCAUCUUCUG